UUAACCUAUCAUAUGUUCUUUUCUAAGAUCCCCUGUAUCGUCUAACACAUGGUUUAUUGAGAGGUGGAUUCACAUUCACAAGCAGUGAAACUACAGGCCCAGAGUUUCUUGGAUUGCUUGCUGUUAUUUUGUUUACUAAGUCUCAUAUGAGUCAGGAUAUCUGACACAGGCCCGCCGCUAAGUAGUAAUGGUAGCCCAAAGUGUAGAGUUACCGACCUGUUGCUACAGCAAUGCUGCUUAGCAACACCCAAUAACAUUAAAGACGAGUUGAGAUCAGGUUAGACAAGAGACUCAGACCUGCUUUUGCUUUUAAGUCACAAGAGAGCAGCCAUUUGGCAAUUCCAGCACCCUGGACAGCGACUAGCAAUAGUGAACGGCUCCUGUCAAAUUUAAAGGCAUUGUUGUUUGUUCUGAGACAUAUUUGCUGGUUUGAAUAGACAAAUAUGGAUAGAUGCUUCACAAACACUGAGGAAUCUAAGGAUAAGUCUGUAAACUUGAAAGACAGCGUUUAGAGGAAUGUUCAGGAAGAUUAAUAAUGUGUUCCGUCCCAACCAUCACGGACACAGAGGGCUGGAUGGUGGUGGUGGUGGUGGAGGGUUUCGGUCCGAACAGGACUACCACAAAGCCUGCACUGUCAGGCUGGUCCGCAGCACCUCCAUGCUCGUGGUGGGAGAGAAAACUCAGGCUGCCGUGGGCUCAACUUUGAAACGGAGCAAAAGUACAGUGAGCAUUGAGUCAACCUUUUACUAUUAUCAGAGACAAGAGGACAGGAUUUGGCUUUACUCGCAGAAUCAGAACUGCCUGGAGUACCUGGAAGCACUUGUGGCUUUGAGACGGCAAUACACAAAGAGUGUAAUUGACUUGAAAAGUAAUGACACCAAGGCCACAGUGUCCUCCAAGAAGAAGCCUGCACCCCCGCGGCCUACGAAGGAAGAACUGAUAUCAAGAGCCAAACCCUCUGCCCCUCCAGUCCCCAACGAGGAGGACACUUUGCAGUUCUUUGAUGCAGUCAUCGCAGACUGCGACAGUGAACCUCUGCGCAAACAGUAUAUGGAUGAUGGAAACGCAGAUGUGGACUUCAUAGUGGCCUCCAGCUCGGCGGAACACGACCUCCACUCUAACUGGGUCUUGCGGGUUCCUCGGGUCGCAGACGACUCCAAGCCGAAAGCAGUUUAUGAGUGUGCCAACGAAAGCACCCCAAAGAAGAAAAGCCAGAGCGGGUCCACGAGCAGCAGACUGCGGCUGCAGAGGAACCCGAUCCAUCUGCCCAAAGUGGUGGAGAGUGCAUUCCAGACUCUGCGCUUCAAGCCCAAAUUAAAAAAGCAGUGAAGCUUGAUAAGACAUUUGAAACCGGCACUGCCACUCUGCUGCCAUACACCAUGCUCUGCUAAAACUCCAUCUGGACA